AGCGCUCAUUUGACAUAACAUGCGCUUGGAGAUGAUGCUCAGCUGACAGCCACUGCCUCUGUCAAACAGCUGAUGGGACACCAGACGUCAAGCGACAGUUGCCAAACAAUCAUGACUGGCCGCGUAGAAAUGUCUUUGAGGAAUUUCUUCAUAUUCAAUUCGCAGUACGGGAAAAAGGAAGGCGAGGAACACCAGAAGAUUUUUUUCUAUCAUCCCGCCGACAUCGAUCUCAACACAAAAGUCAAAGAUGUUGGACUCUGCGAAGCGAUAAUUCACUUUACAAACAAUUUCACAUCGAGCGAUGGCUGCCAGGCGUUGAACACACAGAAAACAUCUCAAAUCUUUUAUCUGCCCGAAAAGGAUUUCUGGAUGGUCAUGACGCUGAACGCGCCGUGGGAAACAAAAACACGAGACGGCAAUGAGUACACAGAAUACAGGGGCGGAGACAUGCACACGACUAUCUACCGCGCGGUACUGCGCCAGGCAUAUCAGAUGUUCCGACUGUUCGCGGGAACCUUCGAGAUGAACUUUGUCGGGGAGACGGAGGCGGAGAAAAUAGAGAAUCUGAAGAAGAAGUUGGAGGUGUUUUACUCAAAGUAUUUGUUGACGAUAAAACUGAAAAGCUGUGAUAUCCUCGAUGUGGUGCAAAGUAUCCAGUAUCUGCCGCUCGAGAGGAUGCUCUUCCUGCGCAUCCACACGUUCAUAAACAUGAUCGAGGAGACAUUUCCGCGGAUUCAAAAGUGCAUUUUCCUCUACAAUGAUCAGCUGGUUUGGAGCGAAGUCUCCCCGUCAGAUUUGUAUUCAAUUUACGAAUACCUCACUGGGACCCUAUUCCAGAAGGCAAAAGAAACCGAGUUGAAGGGCGGGUCCCUGAAGCGAAGUUAUUCAUUGGAGGGAUCGCGGCACGGGUCGUUCAUCACCGGACCGGAAUCACCCGACUCCCAAGGCAAAGCGCCAAAAGUCUUCGUGACCAGUGGAUCGGAUCUGCGGAGCUACUACAUGGUUGUCUACCGAGCGCUAACUGCCUCUAUCUGCCUUCUCGUAAACGCCGAAUCCCCGCCUACCGAAGACUUCUACUCAGAACUGCAUUCCUUCAUGGGACCCCAACUCUCCAGUAUUGCAUCGAAAAUCGGGGAAUCGUACGCGAAAUCCGCAACAGGCAAUCCCGCAAAAAUAGGCAACGAGCAGGACUGCGCCUCGCCCAAGUACCUCUUCAUAAACGAGCUUACAUUACGGCACACGGGCACGGUCCACGUCCAUCCACAGCGUCCCAACACCCCUGCCCUGCCCCUCUUCGUAACCAACCUAAUCGCCGACCUCUACGACAGCAAAAGGGACCUCCAAGGGAAGUACGAGGAGACAGUGGUCAAGGCCCUGAACGACUACUGGGUGGUGAAGCGGACUUCCAACUGGCGCGAGUUCUACGUGAUCGUGAACAACAACAAAGCCACGCUCCUGGACAUAACGAAUGAAGCGAACAAACUGUUUGAGCAACAAAUUACAAAUGUAUUUUUCGAAAAGUGAUUAAAGACCCACUUCUAUGACUAUG